AUGGUCAAACCGGAACUGCUAGAGGAACGAAUUUUCAAUAGCAUAACUUGGGCUCCUAGAAUAUGGGGCCCUUGGGACAAUCUAUUUGAUUGCAGGGACAGGUACGCUGAAUAUGACUGGGGAUUUUCCUAUGGGUAUUGGAGCGGGUCCAAGCAGAUUAAAGAGGAUGAGUUGUCAGAGACUGCUAUUUAUUCGAAUUAUUUCUGGUAUAUUUAUCAUAAAAAGGGGGAGGUGCAAGAGACUGAUUCGGACUUCUUGCAGAGUGGAACAAUGCAGUACCAGACACGAGAUAUAUCUUUCAAAGAAGAAGGCUUUUUUCGAAUAAGCCAAUUGAUUUGGGACUUCGGAUCCAUUCUUUUUCCUAUUCAAAGAUCAGGCCUUUGUCUCUGUGUUUUCACGUCGAGAAUUCUUUGCAGAUGA